AUGGAAGUUUUCUUCUCCGUCAUCAAUGAGCACACAGAUCCCGGUCAGGAAACCGGGGAGGAGCCCGGGAGCAUAGCAUGUGAUGUCGAGAUUGCUGACGGAUCUCUUCAAUCAAAUGAGGUUUUGACCUCCCAUACAGCCUGGCUCCCGGUACGAUCCACGGGUGAAUCCCGAUCUGUCGACUCUGUAUACUGGCACAACGCCCCUGUUCAAAAGAACAACGCUCGAAUGAUCCGGAUCCUGCUGGACGCGAACGCGAUUCCGCACAUCAUGGAUCGGUCGUGGCUGUCCGCUGAGAUGGUGCUGGAGGCUCCGAGUGCGGAGGCGCGGGCGGUUUUGAUUCGACGGCACCAGUCGAUCAUGAACGACAUGCUGGCUCAAAGUUAUUGGUGA